UCGGGACGCCCUUAGGGGGCGGAGUCAGGGGCGGGGCCUGGCCUCGUUGUGGAGCGGCUCGUAAUCCAUCAUGGCGGCCGAGGGGGUCGAUGCCUUUCCCUGAGCAACGCUGGAGCCGGAGCCGGUUUCUGGGUCUUGCCGCUGACGUACCCUCCCGUUGCCCACAGUCUCUCUCGGCCGGGGGAAGCCGGGUCCCGCGGCGGAUCUCGGGGAAUGCAACUGCUUGGCGGCGGCUGCGGGUGCAACGUCCGGGACCGGGGGAGGGGGUGCCUCGGGCUGAGCCCCUAGGCUUGGGGGCAGCUAGGCGGCAGGGCCUCCUCCCCGCUUCACCAACCUGCCGACUGCGGGGUCGCGAAAGCAGUUCAUCCCAUACAGCCCCAUCCGGGCUUAUGGGCUCCAGGGGGGUGGUCUCCGCGCCCCCCAGACCUGGGACACCCUGUUCCCUGAGGCGUGGAGGCGCAUCGCCCCGGAGGAAGCUGCCUGUGCCCCACCCCGGCAACCUCCUCCUUCCUCAAGCUGCCCUUUAUUCCCCGGGGGAGCCCCUUCAUUCAAAUUGCCUCUCUGCUGACAAGUGGCCUCUCUCCCCCUUUACAUCCCCUUCACCCCCAAAUUGUUCCCGGGAGCUUCUAAUGCCCUGACUUCCAAUGUCACCUACGGCCCCCUUGGUCUCAGCUCAGCCCAAAACUUUAAUGCAAAGGAAAAGUCUGGACUGGUUCCACCGGCCUUUUAAAAAGCGAACUUAAAAGUCGUUGGCAAUGCAGUCCUUUCCGACACGGUGGAGGGCAAGCGCUCGCUGAAAAUCUGGGUGACCCCGAGCCCUUUUCCGGUGUUAAGGGUCCAUCCACUGGAGCAGCAGCUGGGUUCGGCAGGAAAUUUGUUGGAAGAUGAAGAGACUAAGAUAGGGGGUGGGUGACUUCCCCAGGAAAAGUUCGGAGGAGCCUACACAGAAGAUCAACAUUUCCUCCAAAUGUGGGAAACCAAAUGACUUUAGAAUCCUUGACCCUUUUACAGCAUUCCCUGUGAAUAUUUCUGAUUUAAGUUUUACCUCACUGCGAAAGGAAAGACACUGCCAGUAAAACACACUUUGGAUCAAACGUUGGGUGGCUUUGCAGGUACAACUGCCCGUGACAGUACAUCGCAAUUGUGAAAAGAAUCGGAACUCCUGUUUACAUGAGUCCGUCUCAGAACUGGGAUUUCAUCCUUGUUUCCGAAGAUGUGUUUGGGUGAUUGAUCUCAACUUCCUGACUUGUGGAGAUUCGGGUGAAUGUGAAAUCCCACCUCUAUACCGCUUUCCUUUAAGCUGACUGACUCAUCUGGGAUAAAUCUUAAACCCUUUUCCGGAAAGGGGUGCCUAUCAUUACUUUAUGGGGCAGCAGCCUGGAAAAGUUCUUGGGGACCAACGAAGGCCAAGUUUGCCUGCCCUGCACUUCAUCAAAGGAGCAGGGAAGAAGGAGUCAUCCAGGCACGGAGGUCCACACUGCAACGUUUUUGUGGAACAUGAAGCCCUUCAGAGGCCAGUAGCAUCUGACUUUGAGCCCCAAGGUCUGAGCGAAGCAGCUCGUUGGAACUCCAAGGAGAACCUUCUUGCCGGCCCCAGUGAAAAUGACCCCAACCUUUUCGUUGCACUCUAUGAUUUUGUGGCCAGUGGGGAUAACACUCUCAGCAUAACUAAAGGUGAAAAGCUCCGGGUCUUAGGCUACAAUCACAAUGGUGAAUGGUGCGAAGCCCAAACCAAAAAUGGCCAAGGGUGGGUUCCAAGCAACUACAUCACUCCUGUCAACAGUCUGGAGAAGCACUCCUGGUACCACGGGCCUGUGUCACGCAAUGCUGCGGAGUACCUGCUGAGCAGCGGCAUCAAUGGCAGCUUCCUGGUGCGGGAGAGCGAGAGCAGCCCAGGCCAGCGGUCCAUCUCCCUGAGAUACGAAGGAAGGGUGUACCACUACAGGAUCAACACUGCCUCUGAUGGCAAGCUCUACGUCUCCUCAGAGAGCCGCUUCAACACUUUGGCCGAGUUGGUCCAUCACCAUUCCACUGUGGCCGACGGGCUCAUCACCACUCUCCAUUAUCCAGCCCCCAAGCGCAACAAGCCCACCGUCUACGGCGUGUCCCCCAACUACGACAAGUGGGAGAUGGAGCGCACGGACAUCACCAUGAAGCACAAGCUGGGAGGAGGCCAGUACGGGGAGGUGUACGAAGGCGUGUGGAAGAAGUACAGCCUGACCGUGGCCGUGAAGACCUUGAAGGAGGACACCAUGGAGGUGGAAGAGUUCUUGAAAGAAGCUGCAGUGAUGAAAGAGAUCAAACACCCUAAUCUAGUGCAGUUGCUCGGGGUCUGCACCCGGGAGCCCCCAUUCUAUAUAAUCACCGAGUUCAUGACCUACGGGAACCUGUUGGACUACCUACGGGAGUGCAAUCGGCAGGAGGUGAAUGCUGUGGUGCUGCUGUACAUGGCCACGCAGAUCUCGUCUGCCAUGGAGUACCUGGAGAAGAAAAACUUCAUCCACAGGGACCUUGCUGCCAGAAACUGCCUGGUGGGGGAGAACCACUUGGUGAAAGUGGCUGACUUUGGCCUGAGCCGGUUAAUGACGGGGGAUACCUACACAGCCCAUGCCGGAGCCAAGUUCCCCAUCAAAUGGACCGCCCCGGAAAGCCUGGCCUACAACAAGUUCUCCAUCAAGUCCGACGUCUGGGCAUUUGGAGUGUUGCUUUGGGAAAUAGCUACCUACGGCAUGUCGCCUUACCCAGGAAUUGACCUGUCCCAGGUGUACGAGCUACUGGAGAAAGACUACCGCAUGGAAUGGCCGGAAGGCUGCCCAGAGAAAGUCUACGAACUCAUGCGAGCAUGUUGGCAGUGGAACCCCUCUGACCGGCCCUCCUUUGCAGAAAUCCACCAGGCCUUCGAAACCAUGUUCCAGGAAUCCAGCAUCUCCGAUGAAGUGGAAAAGGAGCUGGGGAAGAAGGGCGUGCGAGGCGUUGCAGGCUCUCUGCUGCAGGCCCCGGAGCUGCCCACCAAGACCAGGACCUCCCGGAGAGCCGCCGAGCACAAGGACGCCACCGACGUGCCCGAGACCACCCACUCCAAGGGCCAGGGAGACAGCGACGCUCCGGACCACGAGCCCGCUGUGUCUCCCUUGCUCCCUCGCAAAGAGCGAGGCCCCCCGGAGGCUGGCCUGAGUGAGGACGAGCGGCUUCUCCCCAAAGACAAGAAAACCAACUUGUUCAGCGCCUUAAUCAAGAAGAAGAAAAAGACAGCCCCGACCCCACCCAAACGCAGCAGCUCCUUCCGGGAGAUGGACGGGCCGCCCGAGCGCAAGGCACCCGGGGAGGAAGACGGCCGAGAAGUCAGCAACGGGGCGCUGGCUCUCCCGCCCUCCGAUGCCGCCGAGCCCAGCAAGUCCCCAAAGCCCAGCAACGGGGCCGGUGUCCCCAACGGAGCCUUCCGGUCCCCUCACCUGUGGAAGAAGUCCAGCACACUGACCAGCAGCCGGCUGGGAGCCAGCGCAGAGGAGAGCGGCGGCAGUUCCAGCAAGCGCUUCCUGCGGUCCUGCUCGGCCUCCUGCGUGCCCCACGGGGCCCAGGACACCGAGUGGAGGUCCGUCACGCUGCCUCGGGAUCUGCAGUCCACGGGAAGGCAGUUUGACUCGUCCACGUUUGGGGGCCACAAGAGUGAGAAGCCAGCGCUGCCUCGGAAGCGGGCCAGUGAGAACAGGCCUGAGCAGGUGAGCAGGGGCACGGUGACCCCCCCGCCCCGACUGGUGAAGAAGAACGAGGAGGCCGCGGAUGAAGUCUUCAGAGACACGGCGGAAGCCAGCCCGGGCUCCAGUCCUCCCAGUCUGACCCCGAAACUCGUCCGCCGACAGGUCAUGGCAGCCCCUGCCUCUGGCCUUCCCCACAGGGAAGAGGCUGGGAAGGCCAGUGCCUUAGGGACCGGGACCCCCGUCACAGCUGAGCCAGUGCCCGCCGCCAGCCGAGCAGGGGCAGGCGCGUGCAGCGGUGCCAGCAAGCCGCCCGCGGAGGAGCCCAGAGUCAGGCGGCACAAGCACGCCUCCGAGUCACCAGGGAGGGACAAGGGGAAGCUGUCCAAGCUGAAGCCGGCACCGCCGCCUCCACCCCCGGCUGGGGGGGGCAAGGCCGGAAAGGCCUCUCAGAGCCCGAGCCACGAAGCUGCCGGGGAGCUGGGAGCCGGGGUGAAAGCAAAGCCCCCAGCUCUGGGCGUGGACAGCGGGGCCAGUGAGGGGGCCAGGCCAAGCCAGCUGGGGGAGGGCAUCAGGAAGCCAGUGCUCCCGUGCGUACCAAAGCCACAGUCUCCCGCCAAGCCACCGGGGACCCCGGCCUGCCCCACCCCUGCGCCCUCGGCGCCGCCAGCAGCCCCCUCGUCCCUUGGAGGGGAACAGCAGUCUUCCACGGCCUUCAUCCCCCUCAUCUCCACACGCGUCUCCCUGCGGAAGACCAGGCAGCUUCCUGAGCGCAUCGCCAGCGGCACCAUCACCAAGGGCGCGGUCCUGGACAGCACCCACGCCCUGUGCCUGGCCAUCUCCAGGCACUCGGAGCAGAUGGCUAGCCACAGCGCCGUGCUGGAGGCGGGCAAGAACCUCUACACCUUCUGCGUGAGCUACGUGGAUUCCAUCCAGCAGAUGAGGAACAAGUUUGCCUUCCGAGAGGCCAUUAACAAACUGGAGAGCAGCCUCCGGGAGCUGCAGAUCUGCCCGGCGACGGCCGCAAGUGGCCCGGCCGCCACUCAGGACUUUAGCAAACUCCUCAGCUCAGUCAAAGAAAUCAAUGACAUCGUGCAGAGGUAGCAGAAGCCAGGUGUUCUGCCAGCUGAAGUCUCGAGGGCUGCCCGGGCCCGGGACGGUGACAGCAAAAGGCCCGGUGAAGCGGGACCUUGGCCCCAGGCACUGUGUACGGCGGGCUGAGAGGUCGCCAUGGGCACAGCCCUACUACCUGUGUGUGCAUGAGCCGCCGCUGAGCUGCUCUGCCCCCGCACCGUGCCUGUGGACUGAUGUCAGCACGCCAGCCCCCGGCAGGCUCUUCCGCACAUUCUGCUUGUGCACUGAGCUUGUCAGGGCAAGUUGGAAUGGCAGAUAAGGGGUCUGUCUUUAUUUCUGUCUCUGGCUGUUUUUCCCCUCCACACAUCCCACUCACGUUCCUCACUGUCUCCCCCUGAACUUGAGCCUCAUCACCAAGGCCUUGAGAUUAGUCUCCUCUGUUCCCCAAAGUUGACCCUCAUCCGGUGCGACACAUUUCAAAAACGACAUUCCUGAAUAAAGGGGUGCCCAGCCACGUGGUCAUUGCUGCCCCUUCACUGGGGUCUGAGGGCCAGGGAGGGCCCUGCUCCCUUGUCUGCAGGCGUGCGCUCGGUUUGGGGCAUACAGGGUGGGUAGGAGAACAAGCCAGCCUUAGGGUCCAGGCAACAGGUGGGGAGGCCCAUGGGGACAGUCAUGGGGCAGUGCUCUUGUUGGCCUUUCUCGCCACCUUGCGGGUUCCCUGUGACCAGCAGACAGCGUUAGUCCUGAGGGUGGUGUGCUUGCUGUUGCCCCAGAGCCCACAGCAGGCGGGGGCAGGUGGCAAUCUGGUGCUGAGGUAGCCGGGGCCAGUGUCACAGAGCCACAGUGGCUUUGGGUUACCAUCCGUUCACAUUGCCAAGUGCCCCGGAAAGGCCCCCGUUUCAGACCUGCCCUCCUGUCCCUUUCUCCACUCCUCUGGGACAAAGAGAUUCUUGCCAGACCCACUCCUUCACGACAGGACAGGCUGUCGGGCAUCCUGGAAGCAUUUCAGAGUUCUCCUCUCAACGGUCGAGGAAGGAGGCACCAUCAGGCACCGGCACACAGAGGGGAGGGGGAGGAACUGUGGGCCUCAGGCCCUGGCUGUGGCGGCUGCACUCGGGUGGACAGAUGCCUGCUAGUCUAUUACCACGAGCUUCGCUUAGCCGAAUGCUCUGGGGGCAGGGGCAGGCUGUGGGGGUCGGUGGCUUGCAUUUCCCCCAGGGCUACCCAGGAGCAGCGUUGAGGUGCAAAGACUGUGACUCAUGAGGCAGGGCCCCUAGUUUUGUUGACCAGGAGGCAGAGAAGCUAGUUGAAGAGCAGGCAGACACCCACCCGGGCCUCUCAGCUGCACCCAGAAACUGUCCUCCGAGAAACCUGAAGGAAGCCCCUUCCUGCUGCCCGGCCGCCUGUGCUUGGUGCUCAGCCCGAUGUCAGCCUUUUUCCCCAAAACCAGAAUUUUACUGGAUCCUCCGCCCCCCUCAAAGCACACCCCUCUCUGCCACCCCCACUGCCCCAGUCUGAGGGGGGUGCUAGAAUCCCAUCAGCAGCUUUGAUUAGUAGAGCAAGCCUGCCCCACGCUGCCUCCCGAUGGGAUAUGGGCACCGGGCUCACGAACAUGAUGUGCCACUAUAGUUUGCAUUUAUAUCUUGGUAUUACACUCUUUUAUAGACUUCCUCUUUUAUAAAUGGCAUGUAAAUAGUUUCCUACUGCCCUGCCUUUGGGAGUGCCAAUGGUGUCUUGCUUGCUUUUUUCCCCUUCUUUUUGGUCCAGUACAUUUUGUUUCUGUAUAUGACUGUGGUUUUUGAAUCUCAAACUCUCUCCUCUGUAGUAUUUUUUAAAUAAAUAAAUGUUUACAACAUUGUA